CCGCUUUCAAAUCGUUAAGACGUGUGUUCGUACGCCACAGUUAAAGAAUUUAUUUUUUUUUUUACUCUCUAGAAAUUAGUGCCGUUAUUGACGAAUAUUAAGUUAAUUCUAAUUAAAAAACGAAAAAAAAAAAUAAUAAGGAAAAAUGUCUGCCGUACCAAAUCGUGCCCCUAAAUCCGGAUUUGCCGCUGAGGCCCAAAGAAAGAUCAACUCAAAAUACAGUGACGAGCUCGCCCAAGAGUGUCUGGAAUGGAUCCGAGAAAUUACCGGCGAAGCAAUUAACGUGUCCGGCGACAUGGAUAACUUUUACGAGACAUUGAAGGAUGGCACCUUGUUGUGCAAGUUGGCGAACACCCUCAAGCCAGGCACCGUCAAGAAGAUAAACGAAAGCAAAAUGGCCUUUAAAUGCAUGGAAAAUAUAAAUUGCUUCCUCGAGGCAGCAAAGGCAUUCGGCGUACCUGUACAAGAAACAUUCCAAACUGUCGACUUGUGGGAACGACAAAAUCUCAACUCGGUCGUUAUUUGUUUGCAAUCGCUCGGAAGAAAAGGAUCCAGCUUAGGAGUCGUUAGCAUCGGACCAAAGGAAGCCGACAAGAACAUCCGUCACUUCUCGGAAGAUCAACUCCGUGCCGGACAAGCAAUUAUUUCGUUACAAUACGGUUCUAACAAAGGUGCUAAUCAAAGCGGUAUCAACUUUGGCAAUACCAGACAUAUGUAAAAAAUUUGUUAAAAAAAAAACAAAAAAUACAAAGACAAUCGUACAGAAAAGUAAUUAUUAAAUUGAUAAAAGAAAAACUGUUCCCUAUUUAGUUAUUUUUUCUAAUAAUUUUAUUAUUAUUUUUUUGAAUUUUGAGAGUUCAAUGUUUUUUUUUCGGUAUAGUUUUAUGAUUUUUUUUCCUUAAAUUAUAACUAAAUUUAGCAUUUGUAUUUUUAACUUCUUUGCUCCUAUAUAAUUAAUUAUUAUAUAUUAUAAAGUUUAUAAAUUUAUAAUUUUUUGAAGAACAAUAAAUACGUUUUU